AACCCCCCAAGUUCUGAAAACAAAAUCCUUCACUUCAAAAUUUCGCUUUCUCUCACUUCAAAUACCGCCGGCGAUGCCUCCCCUCAAGGUCCCCUGCCUAUCGUUGUUAUUUUCUAAGUCCACCAUCACUGGCGCCGCUUCCACCUCUCUUUUUGCUCAUAAGAAGACCAAGGGUUUUUUUUCUAAGUUCCCGAAAUGAUGUUCCUUUUCCUGAUUGGUCCAAUUUUUGGGAAGAAAUCAUAGUGAAUUCUUUUUCUAGGACUCCAAAAACGAAAAUGGGUUAUAUUUCGGCCAUGGGUUCUUUUUGCUCACUGAGUUUUCUUGCAACUCAUGUAUAUGUUGCGCAUACUUUUUCUGCCUAACAUAACAAGCAACCAUUACACCAGGGACUGUGUUGAUUUUGUUGGCUGGAAGGUUUAUGGGGAAGAGUUGUUUUCUUGAAGCAUUUAACUUUGUGUGUGCUUUUCUAAUUUUUCUUAGCCCUUGCUGUUGGGAUUCCCCAUUUUUGUUUCAAAUACAAGACAUAAAAUCCAAGCAACGACAUGGAGGCAGUGCCUAUACAGAGUGAAAACUUCAAGCUAGGGUUCAUCGGAGCAGGGAAAAUGGCAGAGAGCAUUGCCAGAGGAGUGGUACAAUCUAGUGCUUUGCCUCCCCAACGUAUUUCUACGGCAAUCCACUCAAAUCCCAGUCGUGGUACUGCCUUCCAGUCACUCGGCAUCUCUGUUUAUAGUCACAACAUCGACGUUGUGGAUGCUAGUGAUGUGAUAAUUUUUUCUGUGAAACCCCAAAUGCAUGCAGAAGCUGGAAAUGGUCAGUAUGAAAUGGCUUUGGGGUACACUGCUUGUACAUAUGCUGCUGACAACUUGAUUUUCAUGCGCGAAGUUGUUAGGGCUAUUGCAAAUAAACAUGGCCUGUUGGCAACGUUUGUCCCCAAGUAUGCUUUGGAUGACAUAGGUUCUGGAUCCCAUGUGCAUCUCAGUUUAUGGCAGAAUGGACAAAAUGUUUUCCAAGCAUCUGAUGCAUCUUCUCAGCAUGGAAUGUCUAAAGUUGGAGAGGAGUUCAUGGCAGGGGUUUUAGAUCAUCUUCCCUCAAUUUUGGCAUUCACAGCACCACUUUCAAAUAUUUAUGAUCGCAUACAACCUAAUACAUGCAGUGGAGCAUAUCAAUGUUGGGGCAAAGAAAACAGAGAAGCACAUUGUAUUUUUUUUUACCUUGCAAUGUGUAUAGUCAUAGGCAGGUUCAACUAGUUAAUAUGUUUCUCAUAUGUAUUAUUUAUUUUAGUUUUGAUUCUAAAUUUUUAUUUUUACUUUAAUAUUUACGACAAUUUGAGGUCUAACUUUUGGAUUUUAAUUCAGUUAUCAAUUUAUAUCAUAUAUCUUUAAUUGAA